CUGGCUUGUUGACCUGGACAGCACAUAUGUUUACUGAACUCCUUCUUCUUUUCUGUAAAUCCUUCAAUUGCAAUUCUCCUAUCAUUCGCACGUUGUCAAUAUGGCCGACGGAGUCAACAAGCAUGUUCAAAAGUCUAUUCAUCGAGCUUGGUGGAAGGAAAGCUCAGUCUACCAGAUCUGGCCGGCGUCGUUCAAGGACUCGAACAAUGAUGGGGUUGGUGAUAUUCCCGGAAUAGUGUCGAAGUUGGAUUACAUCAAGAAGCUGGGUGUUGAUAUCGUCUGGCUGUCACCGUCCUACAAAUCGCCGCAAGUAGACAUGGGCUACGACAUUUCAGAUUAUUACAGCAUGCAUCCGCCAUACGGUACAGUCGAGGAUGUCGAGCGUCUGAUCGAAGGCUGUCACCAGAGAGGCAUGAAAUUGCUAAUGGAUCUGGUGGUCAAUCAUACGAGCGACCAGCAUGAGUGGUUUCAGAAAUCCAGAAGCUCCAAGGACAACGAAUAUCGCAAGUGGUAUAUCUGGAAGCCUGCCAAGUACGACGACAAAGGCAACAGGCUUCCUCCAAACAACUGGAUAUCUCACUUUCAGGGUAGCGCAUGGAAAUACGACGAACUCACAGAUGAGUACUACCUACAUCUGUACGCUGAAGGACAACCAGAUCUCAACUGGGAACACCCUCCAGUUCGUCAAGCUGUUCAUGAUAUCAUGCGAUUUUGGCUCAAUAAGGGAUGUGAUGGAUUCCGCAUGGACGUUAUCAAUUUCAUUUCCAAAGACCAAAAGUUCCCCGACGCACCGGUGAAGGAUUUAACUCAGGUAUGGCAGUGGGGUGAUUGUCAUUAUGCCAAUGGGCCUCGACUGCACGAGUAUCUCCAGGGACUGGGUCAAAUUCUUAAGGAGUAUGACGCAUUCAGCGUUGGCGAGAUGCCGUUCGUGAGAGACCUCGAAGAGGUUAUAAAGGCUGUCCAGUACGAUAGACGCGAAUUGCAGAUGAUCUUCCAGUUCGAACAUGUUGAUAUUGACCACGGCAAGUUUGACAAAUUUGUUGAGGGCCAGUGGAAGCUACCCGAGCUCAAGAGAAUGUUUGGCCACUGGCAAAAGUUCAUGUACGAAAAUGAUGGAUGGAACGCUCUGUAUUGGGAGAACCACGACCAACCACGCUCAAUCGACCGGUACACCCACGCUAAACCUGAGGAUUCAGCCAAAUCCGGGAAGAUGCUGGCGACCUGUCUUGCUUUGAUGUCUGGCACUCCGUUUAUCUACCAGGGACAGGAAAUCGGCAUGCGCAAUGUGCCUAAGGAAUGGCCGAUGGAGGAAUACCAGGACAUUGAUUGUGUCAACCACUGGAAGGGCCAUCUCGCACUUACACCCAACGAUACUGCGGCACUGGAUGAGUACCGCCGGCAAUAUCAGAAAAAGUCCCGCGAUAACGCUCGAACACCAGUGCAAUGGAGCUCUGAGCCCAACGCCGGUUUCACAGCAGCAGAAGUCAAGCCCUGGAUGAGGGUCAACACGAACUACAAGGAGAUCAACGCCGAGUCGCAAGUUUCCGAUCCCAAUUCAGUGUUCAGUUACUGGAGGUCCGUGCUCGGUUUGCGCAAGAAAUACCUGGAUAUUUUCGUGUACGGCGACUUUGUGAUGCUGGACAAGGAUAGUGAGGAAGUGUUUGCGUAUAGCAGACAGUACGAGAACAAACAGGCCGUGGUUCUUUGUAACUUCACAGACCGAACGAUCCAGUGGGAUCCUGCUGCGAAUGCGGUUGGCCAGAUACAAGACAUAUUGCUUAACAAUUACGGAGUGCGUGAGAAAUACCAAGGCGAGACAUGGUCACUGCGACCGUAUGAGGCGACAGUGUUGCUAGUGACUCCAACAAAAUAGAUCUACUAAUGUUCGUAGAUGGUUGUGCUUCCUUAUAGAGGAUAUACUAAAUUGGUGUUGAUAUUCAAUCCAUCUUGUCCGUUGAUGAUUUGUUCCGCUUGUUCAAAGGAAGCUGUUAUCACUCAGGCGUCUCACAGCACAAAAACGUUCUUUAUGAUAUCGAUUAUUUAAUCCAGCAAAUGAACCUAGAACGGUGAGGGUCGUGAGACUUGAGGUAUCGAUACGGACUUAUAUGACUAGUAAUUCUAGAGAUAGCAUGUUAUGUUAUUGAGAGAAAUUCGUACAAUUCAUAGACGCAACAAGUUGAAUAUGAUCAAUCCACAUUUUAGCCAUCAAUCGAGCGCCACCAAAUAAUAAUCGCAUUGCCAUUAUUACCAGCGGAAUGACUCAGGGAAAAAAUC